UUAAUCGACCUUAAUUAAUUUCGUACGACCGUUAGACAUUUCCGGACACCUCCAAUCGAUCCAGAAACAAACCAACCUCGACCCAAGGACGUGCCCCUUGUACGUUGUGGACUGGCUAUUUAUGGCGAUUACCAACCCAGCUCAGCUUCGACAGUCGAUACGCGAUAUUUUACAAACGAUCCUCUGAACUUCCUCCGUGAAUUGCGAAUGAUCAAGUUUGAAUAUGGUGGCGUCUUCCGCAACGCUGUCACUGAGGGUCUCGUCUCGGCACUUGAGAUGUUUGAUCAGUACGAUGAACUUCGAGGGAUCGACGGCGCCGAACCGGAGCGGCAUCUUAUUCUUGUCGCUGAUAGCUCCCCUCACACGACGGGCUGCCGAUGCAACUCCAGUGAGCGAUACGACAAUUACAAUCUUAAUGAUGCAGCGCAGGAACUACUCAAACGUUUGAUCACCCUGUCAUUGAUAGCGCCAUCACAGCACAGCGAACUAAUCGAGCUGGUCAAAAAGACGAACCAGCAAACGGUUGAAAUUAUCGAUGCAUCGCCAAAAUCGUCUUCAAGUCAUAUCGUCAAACUUGCCGGAUUCCAGCUUCCUGCAACACCACCAGCAGUCGCCGCGCCAGCCAGCUCCACCCUACAGGUGUCCGACUCUCACAAUGUCCCCGCAAACCAGGCCAAGAGGGGCAGCAUGGCUGGACCGUCAGAAUCCGGGGACCUUAAGCGGGAGACGUCUGCCAGCUCACCAGCUGCCACUGGAAACUCACCAAAAUUAUCUGGACCCUCUGCGAAACGGACCAAAAUCGACGACACCCACACGCCAUCUGCGCCUGUUCCUGCUCCAGAUGAUAGCCGAAAGGUAGCGCAGGAUCAAGCUGCCAAACCUGGAGUCGACGCUCAGCCAGUCCCGAUAACCGGCACUCCAGAGACCACAGCCGAUGCUGUUACCACGGCGGCCAGUCCUGCGUUGUCCAAAGCUCGAAGUGCGGUGGCCCAGCCAAAGACUACCCCACAGCUCGCAUCAACGCCUCAGCAGGCGCAAGCGCAGCUGCAGCAACAACAGCCGCAGCAGCAACAGCAGCAACCUGGGCACACGCCGAAUCAGGCUACAUCAACACAAAUGUUGAAUUUGGGACCAGGAUUGACGCUGACGCCACAGCAACAUCAACAACUGACAGCACAACAUGUCCAGGCACUUAAAGUCCACCAGCUUCAGCAACUACAGCAACAGAUCGCACAGCAGCAGCAACAACAGCAACAGCAGCAACCAUCGCAACAACAGCCGCAACAACAGCAAGCAUCGCCACUGAUUAAGCAGCAACAGCUGGCACAGCAGCUGGUAGCUCAUCAAGCUGCUCAGCUAGCUGCAGCGCAACAGGCUGCUGCUGCUCAGCAGUCGCAGCAGCAGCAGGCGCAGAGGCAGGCUGUUCAACAACAACAGCAACAACUCCAGCGUCAGUUCUUGCUCCAGCAACAACAUCAACAACAGCAACAACAACAGCAGCAGCAACAACCACAGCAACAGCAGCAACAGCCGCAGCAGCAACCACAGCAGGGCUUCCCCAAUCCAACCCCAACCACAUCUGUCAGCAUGGGCGUGAAUUCCAGUCCCGCAAAAUCUCAGCCUGCAGGUGCGACUGGACAGGAGUACAAUCUCUAUCAACAGCAGCAGCAACACCUCAAGGCGCAGCCCCUACAGGCCCAGCUUCAGCAGCAAGCUGCCCAACAACAGCAACAACAGCACCAACAGCAACAACAGCAACAACAGCAACAACAGCAACAAUCUCAACAGCAGCAGCAACAACCUCAACAACAACUACAGGGCUCGGCGUCUGGGGUCGGCUCACCUUUGGUUGCCAAAUCUGCGGCGAUGGGUUCUCCACUGCAGCGUAAUGUAAGUUCGCCUGUGGCCAACAUUGCCGCAGGAUCACCGAUUGUCACGGCAGCAGUGCAGCAGGGACAAGCGCCAGGGCAGCAACAACAGCGUCCGGCGCAGGCAUUGGCCACUAAUCUUCCAGCUGGUCAGCAGCAGUCGCAACAGCAUAUCACCCCACAACUCACAGCCGCUCAGCUUCAGGCUCUGAGGGCGCUUCAGCAGCGUGCCAGCGGCGGUUCACUUACGCACCAGCAGCAACAGCAGCUCAUCCAACUCAUGGCUAUCCAACGACAAAAUGCUGUCGCACAAAUGCAGCAGCAGCAGCAACAACAACAACAACAACAACAACAACAACAACAACAACAACAGCAACAGCAGCAACAGCAACAGCAAUCGCCACAAGUCGCGCCACAACAGCAACAAGCGCAGCAGCAGUUACAGAACAUCCUUCUACUACAGCAGAGAAACCAGAUGCUACAGCAGCAGCAACAACAAAACCAGAACCAGCUACUCCAGCUGCAGCAACAGCAGCAACAGAACCAACAGCAGCAACAGCAAAAUACAGCAUUACACUCACAAGGAACUUUGGUUGCGCAGGAUGGGCAACAGCAACUUCCGCAGCCGUUGCAGCCAAAUCUACAGCAACAAAUGCAGACGCUUCAUCAGCAGCAUCAGCUACUGCUACAGGCUGCUCAACAACAGCAGCGUAACAACGGGUUAGGCGGUGAUCCCGUCUGGUCGGGCGAUAUUUCUUGGAUGAUCAAUACACCGAACGGUCAACCGCCACGGGAAUAUAUGUGCUCGGUGUCGACCUUUGCGGGCAAGAAGAUCGACAAGUCCCUGGAAGAGGAAUACUCCUUUUCGCUCUGGCCCAAGAAACUCAUCAUCUCGGGCCACAUGCCCGCCAAGACUUCUGAGCUACAGAAGCUCGCCGAGACCCACAGCCUCCCCUUCAUCUACAUCUACCCCUCUGCCGGCAACUCUGUCGAGAACAGCUCCAUUUUUGAUGCCUUCACCAAGAACCUCGGCAUCAAGAAAGUCGUGGCGACGGUUCGAUUCCCUCAGAUCGGUCCCAACGCCGGCAUGGUCCUGAUCUACAAUGAGAAGCGUUUCAAUCUGAUCGGGUUGCUGUUCCUGAAGGUUCCUAUCCCUAAUCUGCAAGUGACCGUGGGCAUACCGGCGGCUAUUCAGCAGCAGCAGCAACAGCUUGCGGCGCAACAGCAACAACAGAUCCAGCAACAGCAGCAGCAACAACAACAACAACAACAGCAACAGCAACAGCAACAACAGAUACAUCAGCAGCAAGCAGGAGUGAACACACCCAAUAUCAUAUCACCCACGAAUCAGCCCGGCGGGAUUACACCUCAGCAACAACAGACUUUCCUGUUACAGGCACAGCUUAUCCAACAGCAAAAGGCCAGGAUGCUGCAACAACAGCAGCAACAGCAUCAGUUCGCGUACCAGCAGCAGCAGGCAUCAUCGCAGGCUGGACAAGCUGCAGUAGCGAACGCUAACAAUAGCCCAAUCCAAACAAUGGGCAUGCCAGGACAGACAUUGGGCGCUCCCAACGUGUUACAGAACAUGCAAGGGGCACCCUUCACAGCACCGGCACUCAUCGCCAUGCAGCAACGCCUCCAGCUGCAGCUGCAACAACAGCAACAGCAACAGCAGCUGUUACAUCAUCAUCAGCAGCAGCAACAACAACAACAGCAACAACAGCAACAACAACAGAACCAAGGCCAUAUGCAAGAUCCGAAUCAAGGCUAGAGUCAUUAGAGUCGAAGAACUGUAAUAUACUUUUUUGUACCCC